CAAACGCUGAUCGGGCUUUAAUAUCUAUCGAUGCAAACCUCUUGUAUUCUUUUAGGUCUGUUCUAUUCUACAGGAUUCGGUGGAGAAUUAAUAGCAUUUUUUUCUUUUGCAUUUUCUUGUCCAUUUUCUCAUCUGUACACAAUCUAUGGUGCAAAUCCGAAGGCUUCUGUAGUACAACCUGACCCUUUUUGAUAUUUUCGUGGUCUCUUGAAAAAAAUCGGAGCUUGGAUGUGGCAAGCGAACUGCCGACGAAUGCAUCAUUUUGCAGACUGGAUUUCAGGUACAGUGAUGGGGGGCUGCGUGGGGAGGAGCAGGAGCGACGGCCAAGGGAGUGUCCGGAGCUUGACCAGGAGUAAAAAACGUGGAGGACGUAACGAGCCUCUCAAGAAGGAUCGUCCCAAGUGGAAGAGUGAAUACCCGAUGACCGAGGGCCAGCUCAGGAGCAAGCGGGAUGAGUUUUGGGACACGGCUCCUGCUUUUGAUGGACGCAAAGAGAUCUGGGACGCGCUGCGAGCAGCAGCCCUGGCCGCCGAGUGCAAUGACCUGGAGCUGGCGCAGGCCAUCGUGGACGGAGCCUGCAUCACUCUGCCUCACGGCUCGCUCACGGAGAGUUACGAUGAGCUGGGCAACCGUUACCAGCUUCCAGCUUACACUUUGGUACCACCUGUCAACCUCAUCAAUGAAACAUGCAGCGAGAGCAAACUUUGUGAAUCCACACAAAAGCAAGUGCAGCCUAUUCCCUGCAGGCAAGAGUUCCAGCUGCGUGUGCGACUGUCUUCAGGCGAAGAUGUGCGUCUGACUGCCAGCUUGGCCGACUCCAUCGCCGAGCUGAAGAAGCAGCUGGAGGAUCAGGAGUCAAUCGACGUGUCCCGCCAGAGGUGGUUCUUCUCUGGGAAACUCCUCACGGACAAGACUCGUCUGCAGGACGCCAAAAUCCAGAAAGACUUUGUUGUCCAAGUCAUCGUCAACAUGAACCCUCCACUUAUAGCCAACUGAGAGGAGUGCAAUAAUUGGGAAAAAAUGGGCAGAAAGCAAGAGAGAGAAAGAGAGAAAUUGGGCAUGAAAGGUUUAUGCACUGGAAUUUUCUGUACAAUUUUCUAUAAGAAUAUUGCUUUUAUAAAGUUUAAUUUUUGUAUUUGUUCUCCCUCUUUUUCCAAAUAACACUAAAAAUAAGCACUGGAACACUUUAGAGCUGAUGGUGGUACGCUUUGGCCUGUGAGCCAUACUGUAAACAAAAGCCAAGCAUAAAUACUCUUAACAUCAACGUGGAUGCAUUAUACUCUGAUUUCAUUCAGGAUUUG